AUGGCUAUGGAAAAUGGAGACAAACCUUGGUUUGAUGACGAUGAUGAAGGCGAGGACGACGAAGACAUGCAUUCACAUGGUACAUGUGGCGCCGGCAAAGCCCUUGGAACGCGUUUUGGUGUUUCUAAGAAAGCCACACUCAUCGUUGUUAGAAUGCACGAAGUCACGUCUGAAGAAUUCCAAGCAGCGCUGGAGCUUAUCUUAGCGGACUUGGAAGACCACCCCGAGCGUCAGAAGAAUAGCGUUGUUACGAUGUCUUUGACGUUGGGCCAAGACUGGGAGGAAGAUGAUAAUUUGCCAGACUUCACAGAGCUUUUCCAAAAGCUAUUCGCCAUGGAUGUUCCGCUAGUUUGUAUAUCAGGGAACAUCGAGGAAGGUUUUGAAGAACCUGAGGUAGAUGAGUAUCCCCCAUUGAUGGAAGGGCCUGACUUGCCAUUGAUCGUGGUGGGCUCGGUGGAUUCUACGGGGAAUCGGUCCGAGUUUUCAAAAGGUGGACCUCAUGUAACUCUACAUGCAGUUGGUGAUCCCAUCGAGUGCUUGCCAAGAGAUAGCAAGGACCCAGUUGAACGAGCAGGAACAUCAUAUGCCGCGCCACAAGUCGCCGGCGAGAUCGCCAAUCUUCUCUCGUACGAGAAAGUCCCCUUUGAUACCAACGAUGGGAACCUUGUGAAGAAUCUUAAAACCUACCUUCAGUCGGAUGCAGCCAGUUGGGAGCGUUACCCCGGCAUUCGCUGCAACGGCCUUGAAACCGAUAGGUACGUUGAGCAGGAAGAAGUCAAGCAUCUGAUCGAAGAUGAAUUCUGCCCUGAGGUCGGUAGUUCGCGUGGUCUUCGCCGACAAGGUUCCGCGCUUUCACGGACAUACAACAUUGAUACACCGAACAAGGUCACACUGUCUGUGAGUCUGGAUCAAGGGCACAGCGUAACUGGCUGUGUCAAAUACCUCAUGAUGACUAUGUAUAACUGUUACCGCGUCGACAAUGACCCCUCCGAUUAUAAAGGUGGUGGCCAAACUAUCGUUGGUGACGCUACCUAUGAAGUAUACCCUGGUUCCCUGCGCUCGCCGUCUAAGUAUGGCAAGCAGGCUGGUUGCGACAGCACGUACAAGUUCACCUUCAAUGAGUAUUGGGUAUGGGGCCACGGCUGGGCAAGUUCAGACCAUGGCGAGGCUCUCAAGAAAGAAAUCAAAGGCUGCACACUACUGCCUGACACAUGGAAAUUCACCUAUGACAUCGGAGAAUAUGGUCGUGAGUGGACAGCCAGGUUUCGUACCGGGGUUUUUCAGAAAAGCUGUGUUGGUGAUGCAGUUGGAAAGGCAUCGGGCAUUGGCGACUUUGGGUGUGCGGGAUCUGGUAAGUGGAUUCUCGAUAUAGCUAAGAACAGCGCCUACCUCGAAUCUCGCGUCUUGCCUCGUGCUUUCAGGUUCGGAUUGUUUAUAGAGACACAAUGA